AUGGAAAGGACAUGGAUGUACAAGGCAAAUAGGACGGAACCCUAUUUCCAUGGAGAGCUUAACAAAUUCAUUAAUGUUGCGCAGAACCAUGCAAGAAAUGAGAAGACACAAUGGGUAUAUUGCCCAUGCAAAGCAUGCAAGAAUUUGAGAGUGUUCAGCGACCCAACUACAAUCAGAUCGCAUGUGAUAGUGAGUGGAUUUGUUAAGGACUACAUGAUCUGGAAGAAACAUGGCGAGACGAAUGCUCCCCCUCCGGCGAAUAAUCCACCGGAUGAAAUGAUACUAGACGAGAAGUUUGACAGAAUGUUUGAUGCUUAUAUUGAUGAUGAUGGCGAAGGUGGUGAUGACGGUGUUGGUGGAUUCCAUGGUGAUGAUGUUGAUGACGGGCCCAUCGAUGGUGAGAGCAGUGAUGAGGAAAUUGACGAUGGUGAUUUUCUGAGCCAGUUGUUGCGGAACACCGAAACGGAGGUAUUGGUUGCUAAUGCCAGGGGGUUACCAAACUUUGAUACGCUUCCAAAGCCAAAUAAAGUGCCAGCAAACACAUACCGAGCAAAGAAGCUUGUCAGUCCGUUCACCAUGGGUGUGGAAAGAAUCCAUGCAUGUCUAAAUCAUUGUAUAUUGUAUCGUGGGGAUGCUUUUAAAGACUUGAAAAAAUGCCCUGUAUGUUCCGCAAUUCGGUACAAAAAUAAUGCCGGAUACUGUGGUGACGACAAUCAAGGUCCAACAGGUGUGAAUAAGGGGAAGGGGAACAUGGCGAAGAUUAAUAGUGCUGCCUCCAUUGAGACAGAUGACGCUACUUUAGGCAUUUCUGUGAAACAGGGCAGAAUUCCCGCCAUGGUUAUGUGGUACCUCCCAGUUUCUGAUCGCCUUAUGUGUUUCUUCUCGAACCCAAAGGAUGCUGAGCUAAUGCGAUGGUGGGAUUUAGAUAAGCGCAAAAAGGGUAACGGAAAGCUUCGACAUCCAGCUGAUGCUCGGUAG